CAUUCCGACUGGAUUCCCUACAGUGUCUUAGAUGAUGAGGGCAGUAACCUGAGGCAGCAGAAGCUUGACCGGCAGCGGGCCCUGCUGGAGCAAAAGCAGAAGAAGAAACGCCAGGAGCCCCUGAUGGUCCAGGCCAACACUGAUGGGCGGCCCCGGAGCCGGCGGGCCCGGCAGUCAGAGGAGCAGGCCCCACUGGUGGAGUCCUACCUCAGCAGCAGCGGCAGCACCAGCUACCAAGUUCAAGAGGCCGACUCCCUUGCCAGUGUGCCGCUGGGAGCUGCCCACCCAACAGCACCAGCCUCAGCCAAAAGAACCAAGGCAGCUGCCGCCGCUGCCCCCACUGCCGGGUGCCAGGGCGGGGCCUCCAAAAAGGAGAGGAAGGCGAAGCACAAAGGCUCCGGCGGGCCAGCAGCACCAGCCGAAGACAAGUCGGAGACCCGAGGCCCCGUGCAGAUCCUGACUGUGGGCCAGUCAGACCACGCCCUGGACGCAGGGGAGACGGCAGCUGGUGGGGGCGAGAAGCCCAGCGGGCAGGACCUCCGUGCCACGAUGCAGAGGAAGGGCAUCUCCAGCAGCAUGAGCUUUGAUGAGGAAGAAGAGGAGGAGGAGGAAGACAGCUCCAGCUCCUCCCAGCUCAACAGCAACACCCGCCCCAGCUCUGCCACCAGCAGGAAGUCCCUCAGGGAGGCGGCCUCAGCCCCCAGCCCCACGGCCCCAGAGCCACCAGUGGAUGUGGAGGUCCAGGACCUGGAGGAGUUUGCACUGCGGCCGGCCCCCCAGGGCAUCACCAUCAAGUGCCGCAUCACGCGGGACAAGAAGGGGAUGGACCGGGGGAUGUACCCCACCUACUUCCUUCACCUGGACCGUGAGGAUGGGAAGAAGGUGUUCCUCCUGGCGGGAAGGAAGAGAAAGAAGAGUAAAACUUCCAAUUACCUCAUCUCUGUGGACCCAACGGACUUGUCUCGAGGCGGGGACAGCUACAUCGGGAAACUGCGGUCCAACCUCAUGGGCACCAAAUUCACCGUUUAUGACAAUGGCAUCAACCCUCAGAAGACCACCUCCUCCCCCGUGGAAAGCGGAACUUUGCGUCAGGAGCUGGCAGCUGUGUGCUACGAGACAAAUGUCUUAGGCUUCAAGGGACCACGGAAGAUGAGUGUGAUCGUCCCAGGCAUGAACAUGGUUCACGAGCGCGUCUCCAUCAGGCCUCGCAACGAGCAUGAGACACUACUGGCGCGCUGGCAGAACAAGAACACAGAGACGGUCAUCGAGCUGCAAAACAAGACGCCUGUCUGGAAUGAUGACACCCAGUCCUAUGUCCUCAACUUCCACGGGCGCGUCACCCAGGCCUCGGUGAAGAACUUCCAGAUCAUCCAUGGCAAUGACCCGGAUUACAUCGUGAUGCAGUUUGGCCGGGUCGCGGAGGAUGUAUUCACCAUGGAUUACAACUACCCACUGUGUGCGCUGCAGGCCUUUGCCAUCGCCCUGUCCAGCUUCGACAGCAAGCUGGCCUGCGAGUAGGGUCCUCGUGCCCUUUGGGGUUCCUUGACCUGGCGCGGCGCUUGCCUUCCUGCCUGGCUGCCUGUGGAGACGGCCCUGCCUACCCUUUGUACAUAGGCCUCCUGCCAGACGACCGGCCCUGAGCAGGCUCCCCUGGCCCUGUGCUGAAGCAGGGGGGAGGGGUGUCAGAAGGGACCAGCGUGAAGCCCUUCUGCGCCCCACGGUCAGUCCCCCCCCUCUGCUCCUGGGCUUGGGUUCUGCUGCAGUUGUGUUUGCCAAGCUGGGCAACCUCUUCAGCUGGAAGGCGUGGCGUGAUGAGGGAGAGGAAGCACAACUCGGGCUGCGGUGGGCUGGCCAUCCACUCAGCCCAGGCCUCAGAUGACGGCGGGUCCCCAGCAGCGAGUGUGGUUGAGUGUGGUUGCAUAUGCGGGUGUGAAGUACGCACCUGGCUAACCAAGCAAAUGGCUCUGUGGCCGGGCUUGGCGCUGCAGUUUCCUGCCUGGUGGUGAGCCUCGCUCGGAGCAGCUCAAGGCCAGGCAAGCCCUGUAAGGGGGAAGGUCCCAGCCAGGCCUGGGGGGAUUGGCAAUCCCAGUGGCAGGGGUGGUGGUGUGGGAGGUUGGAGGGCUGGCUGUCUCGGCCAAACGGUAACUGGCUGGAAGCCUGCACGUGGAGUUCACGUGGUCUCCAGCUUUGCUCUGUGCCUCCUGCCAGGAGCGGUGGGAAGCAGUCUCAGUGGACCCAGGAUGCAGGACAGAGGCUCUGCCUACAGGAGGUACAGGGGACAGGCUCCCUGGGGCCCGCAGUCUGGCCGGCUGUUAAAGCCACACCCUCACCCCCAUCCCCAGCUAAGCAGGCCUGGGGUACCUUUGUGAGCCAGGCCAGGCUCCAGGAAGAAUUUCCCUUUGGGAGACCCAGCACCAGGUGCACUACUUCCCCGGGCUGCAGCUCCCCCUGCUGUCGGCCUCGCUCACUUGUCAUGGGUCAGGGCUUCUGAGGGUGACUCUUGAAGGUGGUGGGGCUUGUGUGGGUUGUGCUUGGUGGUAAGGGGACAGGGACAAGGAGAGUAGGGGGUAUUCUGGAACCACAAAAGGUUAGCUGUAUGUGGCAGGAUCACAGAAAUCAACUCAUACAACCCUAGCAAUUUAGAUGUGGCACCUGCCCAGGGUCACCUAGCUGAUUAGCAGCAGUUUAGAAUCUCACAGUCUCCUGUUGGUCCCCCAUGAAACUGGUAUGGUUGGCUCUCUGGCUGUGCUGGGACCAGUCGGCUCAUCCUAUCCCGCUUGCCCUGAUUCCAGAGACAUAGAAAUGUCAGUCUCGGUGUCUGAAAUGGAAACUGGGCUUUCUGCACACCAGUCUGCCCCUCCCGAAAGCUGCUCAGUCACGAGCCCACUGCUGCGGGCCUGCUGCGUGUGCGUCAGGUGAGGCGUGAUAGGCAGGGUGUGAGGGCCCUGAGCUGGCCCCGCUCUCUCCCUCCACCACCGUACUCUCCUGAAGGGACCGUCCUCCCUCCAGGCUGGUCCGGCUGAGGUCCCGUCCUUAUCAUUUGCCCUGGAAGAGGCUUCUUGCCCAGAUGGAGGAAAGCCAGCGUGCGUGGUGCCUUGCUGUAGAGCAAAUGCGCUCUGAAGGCUAGGUCGAGAUUGGCAUUUUAAAGUGAAGCUGUACUGUGAACCCGUAAGACUCUAGGCGGAGUUGUUUCGACUCCUCACGUGGAAGUGGUACGCUCUUGUUUUGUCACAGUCCAGGUUGUGCUCUGUUGACUGCUUGUAGCAAGGCACCCCAAUGCCGGCGUGGGUCUUCCCCCACCAGACUCCUCUACAACUCUUGGGGCCGUUUUGAGGACGCUACAACUUUCCACCCCAGUGAAACAAUGGUGCCAUCAUCCUUUCCGUGGCUUGAAUUAGCAGAGGCCGGCCCACAAGGAGAGAUGAUGGGGAUUCUGAUAGCUGAGGUCUGUGGUUGAGCUGUAUCUCAGAGUCUAGGGUGUUAAGGUAGGCCGGGCUGACUGUGGAUCCCGGUGGGAGGGGGAUUGUGGUAGCGGACUGGGAAAUUCAGAAGCACAAGGGGAAGCUCUUGGCCUUGGCUUUUUGCCUCGAGCACAGGAGAGGAGGCUGACUGGAUAGCCUAGUGUGCUGUAAGGUUAGGGACGUGAUCGUGGGCUUGGAGAAGGGUAGCCUCAGCAGCGUAACCCUCCGUUGGCUGUUGAGUCGUGAGCAGGAGUCACUUUAGCUUGAGACCUAGCCCAGCGAGUUCUGCUCUGAAGAGGCCACUCCUGAUGAUGCUGCUGCCCCUGACCACUGGCCCCGCAGGCCCAGGGCUCAGCCUCUCCCACAGCAAAGCUCUGGGUCCCCACAGGUCUGUGGGUGGGCAGGGAACGUGGCCAAACUAGCAGUUCCUAAGGGUAUCAGGUGGCUGGCACCUUUGGGCAGCUUCUCUGUAACUGCUCUGGGCUCUGUAGCUCCUCCUGGGGACACAACCCCAAACUGCACAAUCUUCCCCCAAACAGCCCUGCAGAGCGGUGAUAUUCACUCACCCACCUCUUCUCCAGUUCUAGCUUUUACUUCCGGCUCCAAGGUGCUCUGUGUCCUUCCAUAUGUGUGUGCGCGCGCGCGCGUCUCUGUGUAUUUGGGAACAAGGGCAAUAUGCAAACAACCAGCUGAGGAUGUGAAGGGCAGGGCGAAGGGUGGAGUUAGGAUCCCUGAGGGUGGUUCGUUCAUUUCAUGCUUUAUCUGGGAAAAUACCCCGUGUUCUCCCGGCAUCGUGUUCAAGACAGUCACUGGUCUGCCCCGUCCCACUCGGCGUCAGCGUUGCAUGCCUGCUUUUGGAUGACUUUGAACAUAAUCUAGUGACUGUGCCUUAAAAAUCAAGACACGGGUUUAGAGGAAGCAUGUCGGGCCAGACUGUGGUGAGGACUGGUGUUGGGAGCAAGGGAGCGGAGUGUGGCUCAGGAGCAGAGAGUGCAGCUUUGGCACACACCUCCUCCGGUGACGAGCAGGGCAACAACACUGUACAAGCACCGGGUUUUCUUCACUCUGGAAAUGGCAGGGCACUGAUUUACCUGAGAGGUAAUUCUAAGUUUAAUGUGCAGCAGUGGUGAUGCCAAAUGGAAAGGCCCAGGUUUUCCUCACGAUGGGGUCUGCCAAGGGAGGUACUGGGCGAGCCAUGCCCAUGGCUGUUAGGCAAGCACAAAUUCCACCUCCCAGGUGGAUCCCUGCUUUCCCUUCUUGCAGUGACCCUGGCCUCCCCAGGGCCCUUUCCACUCAUGCCUCAGCUGCAACGCCCGUAUGGUCCACCAGGUGGCGAUAGAGCACACUCUCCAGACAGCAGUCUGCAGUCCUGUGGGUGUUCAGCACUGUCUGGGACCAAGUUUGUAGGCCUGGGGUAGUGCCCAUGAACAGCCCAAGGGGCAGCAUCUUGCUUGAGUUUAUUAGCCACCUGUUCUUAACGUACUUCCUGUGGUGAUUUCCUGUCAUCUCAGGAUACAGGGACAGGGAAGAGCAGAAGCGACGGGCUGGGUAUGGUUUGGUCUUCCUGAAAGCUCUCAUCUCCACUUUGUCCCCAUGUGAUUUUGAGUAAGCCAUGUCAUCUUUCAAGGUCAGCUUUCUCACCUGCAAAGCAGGGCUGGUGGUCCAUAACACUGCAAUGGGGUUCAGGGUGGGUUGGGGGGUAGACCCUGGCUGUCAUCCCUGCUUUGUCAACUCAUCACGGUGCCUUUUUCUUUUCCAAGAAAGACAUCACACCCCUCUCGCCCCUUUUCCCUCCCACGGCCCAGGAGGAGCUAGAGAAUAGGCCGAGUUUUAGAUCCAGAGUUUCCUAGAGGGCAGUUUGGAGUGACGUAGAGGAAAGUCUGGCUCUGCCUCUCGGGCCCACACUUGGUGACAGAGGGGACUUGGUCAGGCUGAGUGCGUUUCUCUGCUGAGAACAUACAUUUAGCCAGUUUUCAUAAUGCCUAGUUUAUGUAUGUCUAUUUGCACAAGAUUGUCUUUUCCUAUUUUCCAGUGGUCAGACAUUUUAUUUUUGCUCAAAAUUAUCUGGAGUUUUAGACAAACUUGCAAAACUGUGCUUUUCUUAAGUGACUUUUUAAAUAAACUUUGGUAUUCUGGAGCAAAUGUAUUUACUUAUUGGUACGUGCAAUGACAAACUUGGUAUUCCCCAUGUUGAUGUUAUGUGUGUUGUAGAAUUUGAUGUUUGUCUAAGUACAGAACAUAUACCAACAAAUUAAACUUGAAUUGUUUCAAAA